ACACUCCACACAAAUCAAUCAUUCCUUUCUUCUCGCGUUCUUAUCUUUCCUAAUAAAGUAAACAUCACGGACAAUUAGUUGCCGAAACACAUCCCAAUUUUUGUGUUUACUACAAUUUCAAAAUUUUUGUAACAAAAAUAAUCCUUGAAAACCAAUCAAUAAAACUCCCAUUUUGUUUUGUAAAUAAAUUUAUGUACCUAAAUAAUGAGGCUUCUUUCAUAAUAAAGAAAAAACGCACGUUUUUACUUGGUUUUUAAAAAAAGUUACUGUUCUGACAUAAUUUACAUAAUUCUGGUUGGUCCGGAAUUUUGGGACUACUAAAAAACCACCAACUAUAACAAAUAUUAAGAAUUACCCAACAAACUACCAAAAAUGGAUAGUAUGAUGAUCCAAAAGGAUUUUAUACUAGCCCCAGGAGAAGAAUAUGUGCAAUGCCCGUAUAAUUUCGCACACAUUGUGACAAACGCUAAAUUUAUCGUACACUUAACCAAGUGCAGGAGGGAUUAUGAAAAGGAACGUGAAAAAGCUGGCAAACGGGUGAAAAUGCUAGCCUGUCGGUUUAACGAUACCCACAUCGUAAUUGCCCCCGAAAUUAAAUUUCACGAAGAAAGGUGUAAGGACAGAUUCAACGUGGUGGAAACCGUACGAUAUCACACGAGUGAGGAGUUUUCCCGUAAAUUGGACGACGACGAACGCCGCCGUAAGGAAGAUCGGAAGCGAAGUAAGAAGCAUAAAAAACACAAGCAUCACGAUCGCGACAGAAAACGUCGAAGUAGCAGCAGCGGAAAAGAGCGUGGGAGUGAAAAGCAUCGGAAUGGUGACAACCCCAACAAGGACAAAGAAAAAGACCGUGGAGUGGAGCGAGUUCUUCGGAUAGAUAUCUAUCCAGAGCAAGAUGACGCGAAUAACAUGAAUAAUAACGGCCGAGGGCCAGGAGGGGUAUUUAGCAACGGACGGGGAGGAGGAAGAGGGGGAGGGGCAUUCAAUAACCGGGGAGGAGGAGGGGUAUCUAAUAACGGCUGGGGAGGAGGAGGAGGAGGAGUAUUUAAAGAUUAUGGUCAUGGUCACAUUGAUAACCGGUUUAGGGGAGAGAAACAGGAGGUGCGUCCACCGAAGAAACCAAAAUAUGAUAAGCAUGUCAUGUAUAACAACGGUGAGCAUGAAAAUAUGUGGGGCGACGAUGCAGAAGAUUGGGAGGCUGAGGCGAAAGGAAACGGGGCAGCUUACGAGCCACAGGAAGCAAUUAAAGAGAAAGUAAUUCUAUAUCAGCCAGGAGGACUUAGCAAAGCUGAACGGAAACAGUACAGAGCAGACCAAAAACUCCGAGCUGCACGCUUAGCAGAUUCCGGACAUGACUCGGAGGACAGCAACGAUCGAGGAGAUCCACAUCCCGUCAGCAAUAAGACAGAUCCAGACUUUGCUGAAGCAACAACAAAUUUUGAACAAGUGGAUCCUGGCAACUUCUUUAAAACUUGUCCUCCACCCGAGGACGAUUUCUGGAAGUCGCCACCACCUUCCGAUUAUGAACCAAUUCCAUCAAAAAGAAAUAGUUUCAAUUAUGAACGAACUACAUCAGCAAGAAAUGAUUUCAAUUAUGAACCAAUUUCAUCAAAACGAAAUAGUUUCAAUUAUGAACCAAUUACAUCAAAACGAAAUGAUUUCAGAUAUGAACCGACUCCAUCAGCAAGAAAUGAUUUCAAAUAUGAACCCAGCCCCCCAGCAAAGGUGGAGUUUAAAUAUGAACCACCCAUUUUACUGAAAGUAUCCCCUCCUCCAAAAAUCGAAGAAGAUUCAGAGAAAGAGGAUGGAGAAUGUACUGAUGAAGAAUUUGAGGCUUUUAUUGGUGAAGAUCCCUUCAGCUAAACUAAAUAUUUGUGGGGAAACUUUUGAUACUUUGGAUUUCAACUUGACUGUUCUUUGAUUUAUAUUUCGUUACAUUUACAUAUAGUUAUUAUAAUAUUUGUUUUUAAAUCUCUUAAAUAUCUCUUUUUUUAAGUCUCGAGUCCCGACGUGAAAAUUGGAUUUUUUCUCGUAUCGCAAUCGCAUCGCAAGAAUUUGUUUAGGUUUCAGGGGAGUUAAAAAUAUGACCAAAAUCAGAUUCCACUUCUCUUGGAUUUCGACAUGUGUAAAUCAAUCCAACUAUAAUUUUAAAAGGAAACGUAUCUUGUGACAUGUCUCGUCUUUGAAUGUGUUUGACAUUUUAGACCCAAAAUUGUAAAAUUGCUGCGUUUAUCUAUUUCAGUUUUAACGAUAUUCGGGAUAAAAUUAAUAUUGGUAAAUAUCUGUAUCUUAACUUUACUUUUGAAAUAUUUUUAAAAAUGACUCCAAUUCCUUAACGCAAAUAGUGUAAAGUGUCCACAAAAAAAUUAAAUGUUGUUUUACUAAAUGGUAAGAUAAUUUUAGUCCAAGUAGAUAUAGAUAUACAUACAAUUCGUGCUAAACUGGAAUAAAAAGGGUAUCGUCCCCCUACUCUAGAAUCCAA